CUCGCAGUAAAACACGUCUAAUCUGUGACUUUAAACUUUAUGUCGACAUGUUUUUGCAGUCAAACACUUCUAAUCUGAGCAGCUCAGCACAACAUGGAGUUCCUGCGCUGGAGUGGUGAGGAUGUGGCGCUCUGGAUCGAGUCUAUCGGAUUCCCCCAGUACAAGGCGUGUUUCACUCAGAAUUAUAUCACGGGCAGAAAACUAAUUAAUGUCAACUGCUUCAACCUGCCACGACUGGGAAUCACCGACUUCCAGCACAUGAAGCUGAUCUCGGCUCAGGUCAGAGUGCUGCUGGGUGUCUCAGAGCCGCUCUGGAAUCGGAGCGUCGCGGAUCCUCUUCAUGAUGACAGGACAGUUUUCCUGCAGAUGAAGAGCAGCAGCGGCCAGCAGGCAGAUUCCCUCACAUAUGAGCAAUUCCUCAUGAACAAGAGCGGAUAAAGCAGACUCAACCCAUUCUUGUGAUUUAGACGAAUGUGAUCCCUGCAUUAA